AGGACAACAUCCAUGGCUUAAUCUUUAUUCCAGAGGGUCAUCAAAUAUUAUAUAGUAUAGUAUAGUAUAGUAACAUAUAAAUCGAAGAUAUUGUUGUUCUUUGAAUCUUUUUCUUCACAAAAACCAAAGCAGAUUUUGAAGAUACCGUAUCACACAUGGUCUGAUAUCAUUUUCUUCAAACUGUUGAGAUCCCCAGGAUUACGUACAUCAUAGUCAUACAUAAUUAUGUACAUAUACAUAUACAUAUACAUAUAUAUAUAUAUAUAUCUUCUACUUUCAAAUGGGUUUUCAUAAACUCAAAAAUUCAUAUAUAUCUUGUAUUGUAUUUUCAACUUUAAUUUGUUUUGCUCGUUAGUUUAUGUUAGUUGAUCACUCUUGCAAAUUGCAAUGGCUGUGGAUGCACAAUUUCAUGUUCUUGCUGUUGAUGAUAGCCUCAUUGAUAGAAAGUUGAUUGAGAGACUCCUCAAAUCAUCUUCAUUUGAAGUAACUGCAGUGGAUUCAGGCAAUAAAGCUCUGGAAUUGCUGGGGUUGGUUGAUGAGAGUAACAAUGAUGAAGAUAGUGAUUCUAAUAUUAAUCUUCAUUAUGAUCAUAAUGAUAUUGAAGUUAAUUUGAUCAUAACUGAUUAUUGCAUGCCUGGAAUAACUGGCUACGAUUUACUCAGAAAGAUCAAGGAGUCUAAAAAUCUUAGAGACAUUCCAGUGGUAAUUAUGUCUUCCGAGAAUAUUCCUGCACGAAUCAGCAGGUGUUUGGAAGAAGGAGCGGAAGAAUUUUUGUUAAAACCUGUUCAGUUAUCGGAUGUUGACAAGCUUAAACCCCACAUAAUGAGGAGCAGAUCAAAGGAACCACAUUACAUUGAAAAAAAUAACAAGAGAAAAAGUGAUGAUGAUGAUGAUGAUGAUAUAUCUCCUAAUAAGUCAAGGAUGAAAUUGAUCACUGAUCAUGAAGUACUUUCAUUCCUUGCAUUAUAAUUACUUGUUGCGUUUCAGAUUACAAUUUUACUACGAUAUUUCAUCCCUUUUUCGUUUUUUAAAUGUCAUCUUCCAAUUUUUAUUAUUAUAUGUAAGGAAAUUCUACAAUAGAGAGAUUAUCAAUGUGAAAAGAGUCCAUUUUUCCUUCUAAAGUUCAUGAAGGUGUAGUACAAUGGUAAGAGCGUAAUUAGAUUGCGAUGAAGCAUGUAAUACUUCAUACUUGUAUAGAGCUAUGAUUAAAUACAAAUUCCUAAUUUUGUUUUUCUGGA